AUGACUUUCAUAACAUCAGUAUUUGGAAACGCAUAUUCGUUUGAGAUCUUGAAGACUCUUGGUGGGUUGACCGUAAAACCAGUGCAGUCUGCUUCUAUUUGGAAGAUAUCUGAUAUUCUAUUAACUCUACUCUUAAUGAUUCAAUAUCUGAAGUCCUGGAUAAGAUUGACGACUUCGAGGAAGAAAUUCAUAAAGUCAGGAAAUAAUUUGAGUUUUACAACCGAAACCCAGCCCUACGUUAAAAAUCAGAAAGCAAAUUCAAGAAACCGCGAAAACAAAAAAUCGCGAAAUAAUGAAAACAACACUCUAGCCCAACAACAAAACAAAGGAAGCAAACAGAAGACCAGCCCAGUUAUCAGGAAGUAA